GUGGGCCAACACCACCGAAAUCAGGUCAUGAUGCAGGCGACCACCCACCAAUCACGCCUAUGCGCUCGGCAACUGAGAGUGAGAUAGGAGGAGGUGACAACUGGCGACUUUAUGACUAUGUUACAAGGAACUUCAUCGCCAGUUUCAGUCCAGACUGCAAGUUCACCAGGACCAACGUGUCGUUCACUGUUGGUGGGGAGGUAUUUUCCUGUUCUGGGAGGUCUGUCACAUCACCAGGCUUUACAGCAGUAAUGCCAUGGGGAGCCAUACGCGACGAGGGCUUGCCAGAUUUCAACCAAGGUGAAACAGCGCGUCUUGCUGAGAUUGAACUGCACCAGGGACGUACUUCACCACCAGACUACCUCUCGGAGAGUGAGUUGAUUUCAUUAAUGGAGAAGAAUGGGAUUGGCACUGAUGCAUCUAUCCCAACACAUAUCAACAACAUCUGCGAACGGAACUAUGCGCAGAGAGUCAGUCAGUCAGUUGAGUGGGCAGGUCUUAGUGGUGAGGAGUGGGACUGUUUUGUCGUGCACCUGGACACCAUGGACGACUACCCGAUGUACGGCUUGCUCAUGGGGUUCUCCCUCUGGGGGACCCUCUGGCGUCUUCUCUUUCCACUGGGAUUCUGGCACACGAUUGCGUGUAGAGUAGAGACGAGGAGUGGUGCGGGCACCACUCCUUACACCCAGGCGCAGGAGGAGGAGGCAGCGAAAAUUCUGGCCGAGCAGAAGGCCAGGAAGGAGAAGAAGGAGUUGGUCAAGCAGGCUAAGAAGAUUGCCCUGCAGCAGGAGCAAGCCGCCAAAAUGAAAAAGUUACAGGAAGAGAUGGAGAGAGUGAAGGAGGAGGAAGAAAAGAUGAAGGCUGUGGACACAGAAGAGGUGAAGGAAGAGAAGGAGAAGCAGGCAGAAGCAGAAGAUAUUCCCCUGAUAAGCAGGUCAGUGAGAGAAAGGGGGGAAUCUAGUGGCACGAAGGGGGACCCAUGGAUAGAGAAGAAGGUGACUGAGUGGGUUGCCAACUUGUCACUGGGGGAAACUGAGGAGGCGAUGCUAUACGUUCCCCUAGACGAACAAGAGGCGGUGAUAAAGGAGAUAGAGGCCGAAGCAGAUCCUCUUAAAUGUCAGACGAUAGAGGAGGAGAAGAAGUUGGAAUGGAGAUUGCGUGCCAAGUUAGCUGCGCCUAAGGAGGAAGAACGAUGUCCCUGUAGAGAGCCAGUAAAGGUGAAGUUCCCUGAUCCAUAUAGUGGGAAGAGGGAGGAGAACUUCAAUAAUUGGGAGGCGAAUGUGAACUUAUAUGUUCACUUACAGAUGAUUUCCCCUGAGGAACAGGUCCUCAUCGCCUUCCACGCUCUUGCGAGAUCGCUCUGUCGUGCAGCCAACUGCAAUAACGACAUGGUCGCAUACUCUCAGUUUACACCCCUGAUCGACUUCUUCAAGUUACUGCGUGAAAGGUUUGCAGAUGUCACACGAAGCAUUAGAGCUUCUGACAAGCUGCAGACCAUCCACACUCGCCAUUGGAAGAGUGCAAGGGCACUCAAAGGUGUGAUGGAUGAGCUGGUCGCCGUCCCAGAACAUGGGGUCACAGAGACCCAGUUGGUCAAUCUGUUCUAUCGUGCCAUGCCCGAGUCUUUACACGGGCGCUUCUUUGAGAAGAGUCGGGAUCCUGCAAUGACCUAUGAUACGUUAAGUAGGGAAGUCGUGGCAUUUGAAGUGCGGUCCAUGCCAGUUACCACUUUCUGGCAUAAGGACUUAGAUAAGGGGAAGAAGUGGAAAGGCCGCACCAUUUCAGGACAGGUCAAGGGCAAGGAUCACCUGAUCCUAACUUUAGAUGAGGGCGACAUGGAAGAAGUCCCCUACGAUCAGAUAGAGUGGGGGCUUGAAGAGGAAGAGGUGGACAGUAGUGCAAGCCAGGGGAGGACUUACGCCGCUGUCGCGGCUGGAGGGAGGCCGCAAGGAAGAGGAGGAGGCCGGGGCCAAGGGGGCCAGGCUUCAGGUGGUCGAGGGCUGGGCGAUCAGGGGGUUGGCGGCAGAGGUAACCGCCAAGCGGGAGGUAGGGGUCAAGGUCCCUCGCAAAACUGCUCUAGCUAUAAUCGGUCAUCAUAUGGAAGAGGAGGAUGGCAUCCUGGGUUGCCACAGGGUAGACCGUGGGAAGACUUGGGCUUGGAACAGAGUGUCUUGGAGAAGCUGAGAGAAGCUAACUUCAAGAUCAAUGCGAAGAAGUGCGAAUGGGCCAAGACGCAAGUUCUAUACUUGGGCCAUGUGUUAGAUGGAGAUGGCAUAAAGCCUGAGGAUAGCAAAAAAGCAGCGAUCAGGGACUGGUCGACGCCCCGCACACUAACAGAAUUGCGGUCGUUCCUAGGCCUAGCUAAUUACUACAGGAAGUUCGUGAGGAACUUUUCUACUAUCGUUGCGCCCCUUCGCAGAUUGUUAAAGAAAGAAACAAUCUGGUGUUGGGACAAAGACUGUACUUCGGCCCUGAAGAAGCUAAAGCGGGCCUUAAUAGAGUACCCAAUCCUCAAGGUAGCCGAUCCAUCAUUGCCCUUUGUUGUCACAAUUGACGCAAGUCAGUAUGGAAUAGGUGCUGUGUUGCAGCAAGAUGAUGGCAAUGGGUAUAGACCCGUAGAGUUCAUGUCUGCUAGAAUGCCUUCAGAGAAGGUUGCGACAUCUACCUAUGAGAGGGAACUCUACGCUCUCAGGCAAGCCUUAGAACAUUGGAAGCACUACUUACUUGGGAGGCACUUCAAAGUCUAUUCAGACCACGAGACGCUGAGGUGGUCAAAGACUCAGGCCAAGAUGACACCUAAGCUUACCAGGUGGGCCGCAGAGAUAGACCAGUAUGAUUUUGAGCUCAAGCCAAUGAAAGGAAAGUACAAUGUAGUUGCGGAUGCUCUGAGUAGACGAGUCGAUUACUUUGGGGCAAUAGUGCAUUACUUAGAUAUAGGAACAGACCUGCAGCAAAGAGUCGAGGAAGCGUAUGUGCAGGAUCCUAUCUAUAGCGACCUCCUUAAGAGAGUUAAGGAAGCCCCGGAGACAGAACCUCAUUACCGCACUACUGAUGGGUUGCUGUUUGAGAAGACUAACGUAGUUGACCGUUUGUGCAUUCCGUACAGUGAGGAGAUUCGGAGUUUGAUCCUAGGGGAAUAUCAUGACACAGAGAGACACUUUGGUUGGCAAAAGACUUUAGCUAACCUCUCAUGCGCGUAUACGUGGCCGGGUAUGAAAGUUGACUACAUAGAACCCGGAGAUUCGGUGUCCAUUGACUUUAUGGAUACUGGGGUAAAGAGUAGGCAUGGCAAGAGCCAAGUCAUGGUCGUAGUUGAUAGAUUUAGCAAGAGCCCGAGGUUGAAGUGGGCAGAGGGGAAGUUAGCUGUUAGUGGUAGAGUUAGCAGGCGGCCAUAGCCGCCAGGUCAGAAACAAAUCCUAGCUGAACUU